AUGCAAUUUCACAUCGCUUUGUUUUACCUCAUUAUAGGUACACUUGCCGCCACCAUAAAACCAACAAAACCAUCCGAUGAUGACUUCUACACCCCACCUCAAGGCUAUGAAGAUCAAGAAGUUGGAACCAUUCUCAAGCGUAGAAAUACUCCCAGUCCAUUGACUAGCGUUGUGAACCAAGCCUCAGUUCAGAAUUCAUGGCAAUUGUUGGUACGAUCAGAGGAUUCAUUUGGGAACCCUAAUGCCAUAGCAACAACAAUUAUUCAGCCAUUUAACGCAAGCAAUGACAAGGUGGUGUCGUAUCAAAGUUUUCAAGAUUCAGGAAAGCUAGAUUGUGCAAUCUCGUUUGCAAUUCAGUAUGGGUCAGGGUUUGAUAAUUUACUUGGACAGGCUGAGAUGUUUUUUAUAUCGGCAUUUCUAACUCAGGGAUACUAUGUUGUUGUUCCUGAUCAUGAGGGUCCGAAAAGCACAUUCACUGCGGGCCGGCAGUCCGGGAAAGCCACUUUAAACUCAAUCAGAGCAACAUUGAACUCAGAAAAUACAACCGGGAUUCACUCCGGUGCACAAGUUAUGAUGUGGGGGUAUUCAGGAGGCUCUUUAGCGUCAGGAUGGGCAGCUGUAUUACAAAAGGAGUAUGCACCAGAACUCAGCCUGAAUUUAAUUGGUGCCGCACUUGGUGGGUUUUACUCCAAUUUGACGGCCCUUUUUGACUAUACAGAUGGAACUAUCUAUGCUGGCUUAGUGCCCAAUGCGUUGGGUGGAAUUGGAAACGAAUACACCAAUGUUAGUGACUUUUUGAAUCACAAAGUUAGCUCUGAUGAUGCUGAGCAGUUUCUGGAACGAGAUGAUUAUUGCAUCACAGAUAGUACUUUUGCAAACCUCUUUCGAAAUUACUUUUCAGGUUCAGAUAAAGUAUUCCCUGAUGGAUGGGGAAUCUUUAAUGAAGAGCCUCUCAAGUCGACAAUGGAAGAAAAUGGCUUAGUAUACUUGUCUAAAGACUAUGUUCCACAAAUACCAAUCUUUAUUUACCAUGCAACAAACGAUGAUAUUUUACCGUUUAGAGAUUCAAACGAGACGUUUCUGCGUUGGUGUGAGUGGGGACUUGAAUCAGGGGAGUUUAAUGAAGAUCAAACUUAUGCUCAUAUUACAGAAGCAUUAGUAGGAGCUCCUGCUGCUUUGACAUGGGUAAUUGAUCGGUUCAAUGGUGUGCCGCCAGUUCAAGGGUGUAAGCAUACUGCAAGAGUGUCUAAUUUUGAUUAUCCUGGUAUAGCAUCAUCCAUCUUUGAUUAUUUUUCAUCGAUAUUGGAUAUGUUGAUGGGAUCUGAGUUGGGUCCAUUUUUGGAAUAG